UGCAUUUGAUUCGUUUAUCAGCGCUGGGAAGGAGAUAUUGUUAUUCCCAUUCUACAGCUGAGGAAAUUUAAGCUGAAAGAGGCUGACUCGCUGGUUCAGACCCUCACAGCUAGAAAGCGGUGAGGCUGGGGUUUGAGGCAAGGUCUGUUGGACUCCAAAGCCUGCUAUUCCAUGCCGCCUCCUCAUCAAGUCUCCCCGGGCUGGGAGACGUUUGGGGCACAGGUGGUAUUGCUAGCCCUGGGGGAAUGCAUCAUCUGCGCUGGCCUAGCAGCUUGGCCUUCGCCUGACUGAGGAUCUCAGGUGCCCACCUUUACCCAUACCUCCAGCUGUCACACCUGCAGCUGCUCCCCUCUCUGGCCCUUAAUUGGAUUCUAGCGCCCCCUUCCCUUCUCUCCCUUUACUUGGCUAUGCCAGAAUUUUCUAAAGAUACUAAAAAACUCAGGAAAAAUAAAAGUAAGGGAAACCAUAAUUUCCUUGUUUCUCUCGCUAUUCAUCUAUGGUUGCGCACCCCACCUUGAUCUUCAUAUUUCAGCCCCUGCUGUUGUGGGACCUCUGGCUGGGCCUCAGUAGCUUUUCCCUGUGAUUCCAGCCACUUUUGAUAUUUUGAAACUGAAAGCCUCAGAGGUACCAAGGAACUUAACCACUUUCAAGUGACAAAGUUUUAAAUUUUUCUCAUAAUGCAGCCUAAUGCUUCAUAUCUGUGCUUAGUGAUUAUUGUUGCUGUAGGGCAAUGAAAACAAAGCCCUGGCUGAUUUUCUACAUGGUUCGUCUGAACUCUCUUCUCCUUCCCGUCUUGUCAUCCUCUUUCUGAGCGGCCUGUCCCCCAUCACCUCAGCCCUCUUUGUUACUACAGACACCCCCAUCCUUGCUGAAACACCUCCUGCAGGGAGCCUCGCUAGUCCUGCCACUUCCUUCUCCCUCCCAAGAGCCCCGCCUUCCCAGCACUGUGUUUGUUGUGCAGGGCCUUUUAACCUGACCACAGACCCUGUAUGGAGCUUCAGAAAUUGAAUGCGGUGUUUUGUGGCUACGGCAAUAACUGCAUUUUUCUGCAAAAAGGGUUCAUCACAGUCUCAGAGGGGUUUAAGAUCCUAAAAGGUUACUCAGAAAGGUUCCAGUGACCAUGUUAUUAGAAACAGAAGUUGGGAGACAGUGCUACCACCAAGGGUCUGUGCUCCGAGGUCGUAGUGUCGAGUAUAGUAUGGAAGCAACUUUGCAUACAGACCCAUGAAAGACAGGCAUUCAGGUCCUUACCUGCUAUGUGGUAACUACAUGGAUUCAAAGUAAACCACUAAACGAGGUGGUUAUUUGUUUCUAUGUCUGAAAAAUGUGGAUAACAAAACCUUUCUUACUUAUUUUAUACACUAAUACAUGAGAAAAAAAGUUUUCAGUGAUGGUGUGCUGUAUUAGCUCUAUGAUAGGGAAGUGGUUAGAGGAAAGUGUUAAAUCUGGCUAUGACAGUGACUACAACACUGCUUCUGUGGGGUUACACCUCUGCUCUGAGACCAUAGAGCAUCCUGGGCAUCGCUGCGCCUCCUGGGCCUCUCUUCUCCCAUCCCACCCUUCCCACUCUGAUAGACCCAGGUCUUUAAAGUAGCUCUGUCUCACUGCUGGCUUUGGGAACUUCUGUCGCAGACGCUGUUUCCCUAGACCCAGCUGAUCGGUCUGCCUCAUUCUCACUCAUUUUGCUAUUCCUUCAGUCAACAAAUGUGAAUUAAGCAUUUGGUACAUGCCUGGUAUUGUUUUAGCUACCGGAGGUACAACGGAGAACAAGACAUAGCCCCUGCUUAUAUCCUAGUGAGGAACAUAAAUAAAAUGAGGAAACAAAAUAACUGAUAUCCUACUGGAUAGUGGUGAACACUGUGAGGAAAACAAAGUCGCAUGGGGGUAGUGACUGUGGGUACAAAGAUGAGAAUGGGAAUACGGAUGGGGUGGGGGCUCUUUUAGAUCAGAUGAAUAGGAAAGACCACUUUGAGGAGGUGACAUUGGAGCUGAGAUCUGAAGGAAGAGAAUGAGCCAGCCAUGUGAGUACCUAGGAGAGGAACAUUCUGGGCCACAACAUGUACCAAAGCUCAGAGUUGGGAAUGAGCCUGGCUUGUGUUAGGAUCAGAAAGCCGUAGGACUCAGUAAACAGCAGGGAGAGUGGAAAGCAGGGGGUGGAUCACGGUGGGGUUUGGAGGCCACGGCAAGGCAUUCAGAUUUUAUUCAGAUAGGAAGUUGGGAAGCCACUGAGGGUUUUGAGCAGGGAAGGGACAGUGCAGUCAUGCACUGCAUAGUGGUAUUUCGGUCAACAACAAACUGCAUUUAUGCCCCUGGUCUCAUAAGGUUAGUACUGUAUAGACUAGGUAUACCAUCUGGGUUUGUGUAAGUACACUUGAUGAUGUUUGCACAAUAACGAAAUCGCCUAAUGAUGCAUCUCUCAGAACGGAUCCCCACUGUUGAGCGAUGCAUGGCUGUAUUUGUGUUUAAAAAGAUAACUCCGUGGAUGUGGAGAAUCGACUUUCAGGGUUCAAGAGUAGAAGGAGGAAGAUCAGUUAGGAGUCUGUUGCAGACAUUCCAGAGAGACAUGAGCGUGGCUCAUCAGCAGGAGUUGGGGCCUAAUCUGGUGUGAAAGCCAACAGGACUUGCUAGUGAACUGGAUGUGAGGGAUAGAGGCUUGAAGGAUGACCCUGGCCUGAGCAGUUGGGUGAAAGGGAAGACUGGCAAAGACACUGGCUCAAAAGGGAAAAUCAGCAGUUCUGUUUUGGGUAUAUUUGGCUUGGGAUGUCAUGGGACAGUUUUAUACAGGAGCCAGCACCCAAGGGAGAGGUGGCUGAGGUGUGACAAUUCAUGAGCAUCACAUGGUCUCCUGAAUUGCUUCUUUUUCCCACUGCUUUUCUUGUCACUAUUCUUCUUCUUUGCAUCUUUUACUCAGAUAGAUGGUCUGUUUGUGAGAGCUGUCAAAGCCAUAUAUGAUCAAAUACCCAGUUCCAUAGAGACGCUCUCGACCCAAAACAGGACAUCUGUGCUCUUGGUAGACGAGGCAUUACGUACGCACGUGCACCUCAGAGGGAGAUCUGCUUCACGGGAAACCAUUCGGAUGGUUCACGAGGAGAGGUCCACGUGAUGACAAGCCCUCGAAAAACAUUGAGCUACUCCUCGCGUCUUGUUCUGGGGCCUUCGUGUGUUUUGACUCAUUAAACCCUCAAUAAUCUUGCAAGAGAGCAGCAUUCUCAGAGAAUAAAUCCAAGACAUAGAAAAAUUAAGUUAUGUGCCCAAAGUCACACAGCUAGUAGGAAAUAGAGCCAAGAAUUGAACCCAGGCAGCCUGGAUCAAGACUGUGUAUAGAAAUUUGAAUAAAGGGAGCUAGAACUCCCCCUGCUCGUCUCUCCUCUGAGAAAUGAGGUAGAGACGGAAGGCUCUUCAGGAACAUUGACCCAGUGACAAGAAGCUCUUCCACAGCCCUCCCUAAACCUCCACCCGCGCCCCCCAGCCCGUGUGGGAGAUGGGGGAGGGGUCUGAGAGCCACGCUUCCCUGAGCUUCGCACUGUCCACAUGGAGUACGGUCUUCACAUUUUCAGCUCUCCUCUCAGAAUGAAUGAGGUCCCACAGAGGGACCAGAAGAUUGUAUCUGAAUCACCACCCAAGCAAGACAUUUCUGGAGAAUCAUUCCGAGACUCAAGUGUAGAGAUGCCCCCUGGGGAGUUAGGUCACAGGAACAGUGCGCUGGGGAAGAGCUUCAAUCUGAGACCAGUCCUCUCUCCACAACAGAGACUUGCCACAGAAGUGAGACCCCAGAAAUGGGAAACACAUAGACAGAGCUUCAGGAAGGAGGCAGACGUGAUGAAACCUCACAGAGCAAAACCAUACGCGUGUAACGAAUGUGGCAAAGCCUUCAGUUACUGUUCUUCCCUUUCUCAGCAUCAGAAGAGCCACACUGGGGAGAAGCCAUACGAGUGCAACGAAUGUGGGAAGGCCUUCAGCCAGAGCUCCUCUCUCAUUCAGCACCAGAGGAUUCACACUGGAGAGAAGCCUUACAGAUGUGGUGAGUGCGGGAGAGCCUUCAGCCAGAAUGCAAACCUCACCAAACACCAGCGGACGCACACUGGAGAAAAGCCCUACAAGUGCGGUGAGUGUGAGAAAGCCUUCGGUGACUGCUCUGCCCUCGUCCAGCAUCAGAGAAUUCACACCGGAGAGAAGCCCUAUGAAUGCGGCGACUGUGGGAAGGCCUUCCGACACAGUGCGAAUCUCACAAACCACCAGAGGACUCACACGGGGGAGAAGCCCUACAAGUGCAGCGAGUGUGGGAAGGCCUUCAGUUACUGUGCGGCGUUCAUUCAGCAUCAGAGAAUCCACACAGGCGAGAAACCCUACAAGUGUAGCAUGUGUGGGAAGGCCUUCAGCCAGAGCGCAAACCUCACUAACCAUCAGAGGACUCACACUGGAGAGAGACCCUACAAGUGCGGCGAGUGUGGGAAGGCCUUCAGCCAAAGUACGAAUCUUAUAAUCCACCAAAAGACCCACACUGGGGAGAAGCCGUAUCAGUGUAACGAAUGUGGGAAGUACUUCAGUGAGAGCUCAGCCCUCAUUCGACAUCACAUCAUUCACACAGGAGAAAAACCCUACGAGUGCAAUGAGUGUGGAAAGGCAUUUAACCAGAGUUCAUCCCUCAGUCAGCAUCAGAGAACUCACACUGGUGUGAAGCCCUAUGGAUGUAGCGAGUGUGGGAAGGCCUUCAGGUGUAGCUCGGCCUUCAUUAGGCAUCAGCAACUCCAUGCUGGAGAGUAACUGGGAACAUGACCAAAGUGGACAGGUAAAUGCAGGGAGUUUGAAAGCAGCUGGAGACAUCUGACUUUGAUAGUCUGUAGCCUAGAGCCACAUGCAAAAGCACCUCUAAUAAAUCCUUGUUUACAUACA